CCGGAGUGAAAAAGUGGCUAACUACGGGGGCCUCUUUUGCACUUUCGUAGAAAAAAAAAUGCCACGCCCUCUUUCUCCUCUUCCUCUGCAACUCUCAGAAACCCCUUAAAACCCUCAUAAUUAGGCACCCAUCACAUCAUCAUGCUUCCCAUGAUUCUAAGGUGUUUGAUUAGGUGGUGAGUGCUGAUUCUUCCUUAAAAUGACACAACAACCGUCAGUGAUUCUUGCAACAGCUAGUUAUGAUCAUACUAUUAGGUUCUGGGAGGCCAAAAGCGGUCGCUGCUACCGUACUAUCCAAUACCCAGAUUCUCAAGUUAAUCGACUUGAAAUAAACCCAGACAAGCGCUUCUUGGCUGCAGCUGGUAAUCCUCACAUUCGGUUGUUCGAUGUCAACUCAAACAGCCCUCAACCGGUAAGAAGCUACGAUUCACAUACAAACAAUGUUAUGGCAGUGGGGUUUCAAUGUGACGGAAACUGGAUGUAUUCAGGAUCUGAGGAUGGCACAGUAAAGAUUUGGGAUUUGAGAGCUCCAGGUUGUCAAAGGGAGUAUGAAAGCCGUGCAGCUGUUAACACGGUUGUAUUACACCCAAAUCAGACUGAAUUGAUAUCUGGGGACCAGAAUGGGAAUAUUCGUGUCUGGGAUUUGACAGCAAAUUCAUGCAGCUGUGAACUGGUACCAGAGGUGGAUACAGCUGUAAGGUCUCUAACAGUUAUGUGGGAUGGGAGCUUGGUAGUUGCUGCAAAUAAUCGUGGAACUUGUUACGUUUGGCGCUUGUUGCGAGGAACGCAGACUAUGACCAACUUUGAGCCACUUCACAAGCUACAAGCUCAUGAUGGAUAUAUUCUCAAAUGUCUUCUUUCACCUGAGUACUGUGAACCCAAUAGAUAUCUGGCAACUGCAUCAUCAGAUCACACUGUCAAGAUUUGGAAUGUCGACGGGUUCACAUUAGAGAAAACUUUAAUAGGUCAUCAACGGUGGGUAUGGGACUGCGUUUUCUCGGUAGAUGGCGCUUACCUGAUAACAGCUUCUUCUGAUACGACUGCAAGACUUUGGUCCAUGUCAACUGGCGAAGACAUUAGGGUGUAUCAAGGGCAUCACAAAGCAACUGUUUGCUGUGCCCUCCAUGAUGGAGCUGAACCCUCUCCAUCUUGAACCUGGGUUUGUUGUUUCUUCUUAUCAUUAUACCUUUUACCUUGUUGAAAGCAAGUUAAUGGAUUGCUGUCUUGUAAGUUUGUGUAAAUUAUCUGGCUGCAUUUAUAAAAUGGUCAUUUGAUGCUAAA